AUGACACAGAAACAGAAGCGGUCAUUUGACGAUCUGGAGAAUGCUGAAACAACUCAAGAAACUGACGAGAAAGAGGAGCGUCAACUUCACUAUUGGUUAAUGAAAGCAGAACCGGAUACAAGAUUUGUGAAUGGAACGGACAUUGCUUUUGACUACGAAAUGCUAGAGGAAUUGACAAAAAAUGGCGAGUACAAAGCUUGGGGAGGAGUUCGAAAUUAUGAAGCAAGAAACAUGAUUAAAAGCGAGAUGAAAUUGGGAGAUUUAGUUUUCUUCUACUAUUCAAAUUGUAAACCCCCAAGAAUUGCGGGUGUAAUGGAGAUUUGUCGUGAGGCAUUUCCAGAAGCAAAUGCAUUUAAUAAAGAGAAUCCGUACUACGAUCCAAAGUCUGAUCCGGAACGGCCACGGUGGUUUUCUAUCGGUGUAAAGGCAAAGUUUAAACUGAAAAGAGAAAUCCCUCUGCACGAGCUGCGAAUGUAUAGUAACAAUCAGCUCGCAAACAUGGAGUCUCUUAAGCGUUCGAGAUUAAGCGUUAGUAGAGUGAGUCCCAGAGAAUGGCAGUUCAUUCUUGAUUUGGCAGAGCAAGCAUCUCCAGAUGCCACAAGUUUUUAUAUAAAGAAGCGAAGAAAACUUGAGGAGCAUUUAAAAGAUGUGCAUCCUUGA